AUGAAGUCUACAACUUCAGCAGCUACAGUAAAGGAAGUGAGAAAAUUGUUUGCCCAGUUUGGGUUGCCACAUCAGUUAGUAACUGAUAAUGGGCCACAAUUUGUUUCAAAUGAGUUUGAGGCAUUCUUGAAGAGUAAUGGAGUCAAGCAUGUUUUGUCCGCUCCGUACCAUCCAGCGACGAAUGGUCAGGCCGAAAGAUUGGUACAAUCCUUUAAGCAGUCCAUGAGAGCAUCCGAAAAUAGUGAUGGAAAUGUUGAAAAGAAAGUUGCUCAGUUCCUGUUAGCAUACAGGGCUGCUCCGCACUGUGUCACAAAUGAGACACCAGCCAAGUUAUUCUUGGGACGAGAACUGAGAACAAGACUGGAUUUGCUAAAACCGGAUAUUCAAUCUGUUAUGUCAACAAAGCUGUUGAGUCAAAGUGGUAAUAUGACAGAGACCAGACAAGUGGACGGUAAAGUGUGGGUGAGAGACUAUCGUGGUGCAGAUAAAUGGGUACCAGGACAAGUUACUGCUCAGCAUGGUGAGAGACAUUAUGAUGUCGAUGUGGUUAACGGGCAGUGUCGCAGACACAUCGACCAGUUGCGAUCCAGAGAGGAACACAAUAUUAGCCUUCAAAUUGAACCAGAUUUACCAGAGAGGUGUGCAGCACCGACGAGAGACUCUAAUCAUGCUAGUGUCUCAUGUGGUGAGACAAGCUCACUGGAGCCAGUGCUUCAGCCCACUCCUAGACGGCUCAAGCAGGACAAUCCAGGUCCUCCAGAUAGACUGAACCUGUACUUAGGGAACAUCUAA